AUGAACACAGCGCACGACGCGCGCAAGUUGAAGAUUUUCAGCGCGCACGUCCGCGACCACUUGGAUGGCAGGUUGCCGAGAUUUCAUGAUGUGGCCACACUCGCGCGAUGGGACCAUGAAGAUGAUGGGGAAAGAGACGGCGUUCCGGUGGGAUUGUGGUGGUACAGAUUAGACCGCGAUAUCCGGUUCCAAGAUCGACUGAAGCGUUUGAGAAACUUCGAUGCCGACUCGAAGCAUGCGCUCGAGUAUCUCGAGACAUGUGUAUUUCGCGAAGAUGGCCAUGCAUAUAUGUACACAGCGCACGCCGCGCGCAAGUUGAAGAUUUUCAGCGCGCACGUCCGCGACCACUUGGAUGGCAAGUUGCCGAGAUUUCAUGAUGUGGCCACACUCGCGCGAUGGGACCAUGAAGAUGCUGGGGAAAGAGACGGCGUUCCGGUUGGAUGGUGGUGGUACGAAUUAACCCGCAAUAUCCGGUUCCAAGAUCGGCUGAAGCGUUUGAGAAACUUCGAUGCCGACUCGAAGCAUGCGCUCGAGUAUCUCGAGACAUGUGUAUUUCGCGAAGAUGGCCAUGCAUAUAUGUACACAGCGCACGCCGCGCGCAAGUUGAAGAUUUUCAGCGCGCACGUCCGCGACCACUUGGAUGGCAAGUUGCCGAGAGCGCACGAUGUGGCCACACUCGCGCGAUGGGACCAUGAAGAUGAUGGGGAAAGAGAGGUUCAGGUUGGACAGUUUUGGUACAAAUUAAACCGCUCAACGGACAAAGAGCGACUGAAGCGUUUGAGAAACUUCGAUGAAGACUCGAAGCAUGCGCUCGAGUACCUCGAGACGUGUGAACUAAGAAAAGCCAAGGCACGAGGCCGAAACGCUAAAUAA